CGGUGUCCCCGUGUUUCCGCCCCGCCGCUCCGCGCCCCCGGCACAACGGUUCCGCGGGGGGCGGUGACAGCGCGGGGGGAGCACGGCCCCUUUAAGCGCGGCGCCGCCAUGAUCUGCCUGGUGCUGGGGCUCUUCGCUGGCCUCUUCCACAGUGCCUUCGGCGGGGUCAAUGAACGAACCUUCGUGGCCAUCAAACCGGACGGCGUCCAGCGGCGCCUGGUCGGGGAGAUCAUCCGGCGCUUCGAGAGGAAGGGGCUGCAGCUGGUGGGGAUGAAGCUGCUACAGGCCUCGGAGGAGCUGCUGAAGGAGCACUACAUCGCCCUGCAGGACCGUCCCUUCUACGGCCGCCUGGUGAAGUACAUGAGCUCCGGGCCCAUCGUGGCCAUGGUCUGGCAGGGCCUGGAUGUGGUGAAGACAGUUCGCACCAUGAUCGGGGAGACCAAUCCAGCUGAAUCCAGGCCUGGCACCAUCCGAGGAGACUUCUGUGUUGAAGUCAGCAAGAACGUGAUCCAUGGCAGUGACUCUGUGGAGAGUGCCCAGCAGGAGAUCUCGCUCUGGUUCCGCCCCGAGGAGCUGCCCUGCUGGGAGGACACGGCUGCACACUGGAUCUACGAGUGAGCAGCACUCCCAGGGGGAGUUCAUCCUCCUGCUGGGACACAGCACAUUUCCAUCCAUCUCAUGGCAGCUGCUGGGGCUGGCUGCAGAUCCUCUGUGGGAUUCCUCUUCUGCCUGUGGGAUCCUGGGAGCUGGGCUGUGUGUGGAACUCUGGUUCAGCUCCUGCCAAGGGGAGCUCUUUUUUUCUCUCUCUGCUCUAGUAGGUAGUUGGUAUUGUUGCUCUGUUUGCUGAAGCAUCUUAAAUCCCAGGUAGCUCAAGCUGAUUAAUUGAAGCAAAACUUGGGCUCUUGGCCCAUUCCAGGGUGUUCUCAUCCCUGCCUGGAGCAGGAGAAUGCGUUUUUCUUGCUGCUGGGAGAGGUGCUGGUCACAAGGUGAUGGGCUUGACAAUUUACCUGCUUUUCUAGAAGGCUUUUCACCAAAGGCUUUUAAAGAAUUGGGCUGCUGUAGGAUAAGGGAGUAAACUCUCAUUUUGGAGUUCAUUCCAAGACAAGGAAUGAAGGAUGGGACAAUUCUCUCUCCCUUGGGGGGAGCCCUGGGUGCUGGGCUGGCAAAAGCUGACCAAGUUUCAGAUGUGAUGAGUGAGUCCAUGGAAGAAAGAUUCUCCAAAUGCUGCUAAACGCACAAUUCCUCAGGCUCUGCUUCCUGGGCUGUGGCUGUGGAGUGGGAAGCAGCUCCUUCAGGUCUGCUCUGGUUCUCUGAUGCUGCAUGGCCCUGACCCAGCCUGACACCAGACUGUCCCUCUGUGUCACUGAUGUGAGGCAGCAGCACUGCAGCAGCCACAGGAAUAGAAGGGGGAGAGGGAGGCAGGGAAGGGUUUGUGGAUCUGGGGCUCAGAUUUAGGGGAGUAUUUAGCUCUCUCUUGUGCAGAGGCUGUGCAGUCCUGGCACUGAGCUCUGGCAGGUCCUGACAUCUUCCUUGUCCCCCUGAGAGCUUGCAGUGGAGCUUUCCUGCUGGGAGGGUAUCAGGAAACCAGUUUGUAACAGGCUGGACACCACCUAUGAGCUAUCCCUGGCCACCCAGCUCCUCAGAGCUGUGCUGUGUCUGAGCUCCCUGUGCAGCCUCACCAGAGCAAAAGGACAGGGACAGUGACAUGGAGUCCUGCCAUGGAUGAGGGACAUGGCCCAGGGAACAAGAUCCCCAGGGCUUUCCUGUGUGCAGGAUGAGUUUGACCUGUGCCCUGAAAGCCUGUCCCUCUGGGUGCUCAGCUUCGGAGGUGCUGGAGAAUGAGGGCAGCUCUGAGGGAGCAGAGUGAAGUCAGCCCCACUCCUGCUCCCUGCUGGCCCCAGGGUGGUGGGGCUGAGCAGGGCAGGGGUGGGAGGUCUUGCUCAGUGAGUGGGGCUGUCCAGCUGCCUCAGCCAAGGCUCCUCCUGCCUUGGGACCUUCUCCAAGCACCUGUGUCCAGCUCUAAAUACCUGACAGAUCCCAUUUGUUCCUGGAAAUUGUCCACUUGGCUGAAUUUGGAGUCUGGCUGCAGCAGGCUGCAGGAGAAGGCACUGGUGAAGACCAAGGUGUGAAGCCAGUGGGAGGAAGGCCACGUUUGUUGUUUGACAGAUGCAUUGAGAAGAGCUGUUGGCACCAGGAGCUGCCAGCUCUGACACAGGGAAACUCUGCCCAAAUAGCUGAGCUUCAUCUCCUGCCAUUGCCUCUUCUUGGAGGAUCCUUCUUCUCCCUGUCUGCACAGACAAGAUUGAAGAUGCCUCCUGGUUUCAAAGUGCACUGAACUCCAGUCAGAUACUGGACCUGACUCACUGAGACACAAUCCCAGGCCCAUCCUCUCCUCUCUGUGUGUGUAGGUUUGGUGUCUGCCAUCACCUCGUCCCACUCUGGGGCACGAUGGAGCAGCAGCUGCAGGGAAAGGGCUCCCAGAGACCCUGCUGGGAGCAGGUCCAGGAGCUGAGCUGUGGCUGGUGUUCCUCGAGCCCCUGGGGACUUUUAAUUGCUUUGCAUGUUGGUUUCUGCUGCUUCUCCUCUGUCCAAGACUGUGUUAAACUGUAAUAAUAAAUGUAGAAGCUGUC